GCCAGAAACCAGACAGUCAAAGACCCAAACCUGUCCGUUAAGGUUUGGUGGCGACGCCAGCACAAUUCUAAUAAUCUAAGAAUAUUAAUUAAGGCCACCGAGCGAUCCUCAAAGGGGAACAGCCCGAUUCACUUUAAACUUCCCCUCCGCCAAAAAUCUCCCACGAUUUUCCUUACAUGGAACUGUGCUGUGCCCUGGUGUCGUCCAUCAUCUCGAAGGGCUGACUCGCAUAGUUCGGCAACGCAGAAUGACUUGGGAAGAGAAUAGAUACUGGAAAAAUGCGUUGACCAUCGUCCCCAUCGUGGGAGCUGCCUUCGCGACCAUCACUUAUGCCCUGCGCCUGUACUCGCGGCGGUAUACCACGGCCGGGCUGAAGUUGGAGGAUUGGUUGAUGGGCGUGGGGUUAAUUCUGUCCUACUGCGCGACUGCCUUUGUGGUGGAUACUGCCUUCAAUGGGGUUGGAAUCCCUGUUGCGUCCCUCCCUCCCAAGGAGCGUCAUCGGAUUCAAUUUGGAUCAUGGAUGAUUCAGAAAUUCUGGGCGCCGUCCGCCGCGUUCAUCAAGAUCAGCAUCGUCGUGUUUCUGCGACGCUUACUCGGCACUCUGCGCACCUACACCAUCGUCUCCAACGGGUUGAUUAUCUUCAUCGCCUGCUGGGCCGUCACGGCCUUGCUGGUGAAUAUCUUCCAGUGCAUUCCGGUCCAGUAUUACUACGACAAAACGUUGAACGGUCACUGCAUGGCGGGCCAGCGGGCGUUCUUCCAGGCCAUGGGCUCGAUCGCCCUCGUUGAGGAUGUGAUCAUCCUGUUCCUUCCUGCGCCGGUGGUCUGGGGCCUUCAAAUCACUACGCGACAGAAGAUCGCCUUGACCAUGGUCUUUUCCUUGGGUGGAUUGGUCUGUAUCUUCAGCUUGAUGCGACUGAUUGAAUUCCGCAAGUUCAUCACCACCGAUCUUGCCUCAUCCAGUGCCAAAGAAUCCCUCUGGACCUGCCUGGAACUCGACAUCGCGAUCAUCUGCGGCUGCCUGCCGCUGCUGAAGCCCCUGCUGCAGGGCUUCCUGGGCAAGGUCAAGUCCGGGGUGUCGAAGGGCCGGUCGCACCCUUCCUCCGGCACGAAGCUGUACGGCUACCCGACGAGCAACACCCACCACGACGGGUUCCUGCAGAUCAACGAGCUGCACGGGUCGCAACUCUCCAAGGGGGCGAACGUGGCCGCCAGCGCCAGUCGCAAUAGCUCGGACGUGGAAUUGCAGGGCAUUGCGGUGCACACCGUCAUCGAGCAGGACGUGGAUGACCAUCCGCAGCUGUCCUCGUCGGAGACGGUGUCGAACCAUGGGUGGCCGCGAUGA